AUGGGCCUCAACAAUCCCCUCCCCUCGUCCAUGCAAUCCGAGUGCAAGAAAUGCGGCAAGAUUCUCACCUCAUUCAUCAACCCGCGGCAAGCGUUUGGCCCGGAAAAGGUGAUACCACCGUCGAUUCUCGCCAACGCCAAGGGCCUCGCCAUCAUCACCGUGCUCAAGGCCGGCUUCCUCGGCUCUGGCCGCUUCGGCAGCGGCCUCGUUGUCGCGCGCCUCCCCGACGGCUCGUGGUCAGCCCCGAGCGCCAUUGCCACCGCCGGCGCCGGCUUUGGCGGGCAGAUUGGCUUUGAGCUAACCGACUUCGUAUUCAUCCUCAAUGACGCCAACGCCGUCAAAACCUUUGCGCAAGCCGGCUCGCUGACGCUCGGCGGCAACGUCUCAUUGGCCGCCGGCCCUGUCGGCCGCAACGCCGAGGCUGCCGGCGCCGCCUCGCUCAAGAGCGUCGCUGGCAUCUUUAGCUACAGCAAGACAAAGGGACUCUUUGCCGGCGUCUCUCUCGAGGGUUCCGCCAUCAUCGAGCGCCGCGACGCCAACGAGAAGCUCUACGGCACGCGGUACACGGCCCAGCAGCUCCUCACCGGCGCCGUCUCCCCGCCUCCGCAGGCCGCACCCCUCAUGAACGUGCUCAACUCGCGCGUGUUUAGCGGCAUGCGCGUCGGCGGAAGCGCCGGCGACGAGUCCAUGUACAACGAUGUUCCCAUUUACAACGACAGCCGCGACGACUUUGACCGCUUCCGCAACGACAGCCACAGCAACGGCCGCUCGCCCCGUCGCACGAGCACCUGGCAAGAUGACGUCUACGACCGUCCCGCCGGCCACAACGCACCCUCCAGAGCCGCCACCUUUGCUUCCAACCACGACAACGGCCCUGGCGGCAACGGCAACGGCUACUACGAUAACCCGCCCUCGGACCGCAAGCAGGGUCCCGGCCGCCCCUCGGCCCCGAAACCAACAUUCAACACGGCCGCAUCGCUCAACAAGAACGAGGCCAUUGCCCUGUACAACUUUGACGCUGACCAGCCCGGCGACUUGGGCUUCAAAAAGGGCGACGUUAUUACCGUAUUGAAAAAGACGGAGAGCGAUAAUGACUGGUGGACCGGCAUGGUUGGCACGAGACAUGGUAUAUUUCCCAGCAAUUAUGUCAAGAUGAGGACCUGA